AACAGCUCCAUCACAGCCCAAAAUCCAUAAUUGCCACUACUUCUCUCUCUAUCUCUCACUCGACAGUCUGCCCCCUUCAGUAAUACUUCCCCCUUCCAACACUCCCCAGCGGCACAAGUCCAAGGCAGUCAUCCAAAAUCUGCAGCAUUAUUGAGUAAAAAUGAGUAUGUACGGGAGGGAUCCGUGGGGUGGACCGCUGGAGAUCAACGCGACAGAUUCAGCCACAGAUGAUGAUAGGAGUAGGAAUUUGCAGGAUUUUGAUAGAGCUGCGCUCUCGCGGCCCCUCGAUGAAACCCAACAGAGUUGGCUCUUGGGUCCGGGAGAGCAGAAGAAGAAGAAGUAUGUGGAUCUGGGUUGCAUUAUCGUCAGCAGGAAGAUCUUUGUUUGGACUGUCGGAUCAAUUCUUGCUGCUGGCUUGUUAGUUGGUUUUAUUACUUUGAUUGUUAAAACUGUCCCCAGGCAUCAUCAUAAAGGCCCGCCCCCGGAUAAUUAUACUCUGGCUCUUCACAAGGCCCUCAUGUUCUUCAAUGCCCAGCGUUCUGGGAAAUUGCCAAAGCAUAACAAUGUGUCAUGGAGGGGGAACUCAUGUUUGAAUGAUGGCAAAUCUCAGUCGUCUUCAGCUAUUAAAAAUCUUGUAGGCGGUUAUUACGAUGCAGGGGAUGCAAUCAAGUUUAAUUUCCCUGCAUCGUUUGCUAUGACAAUGUUGAGCUGGAGUGUGAUUGAGUACAGUGCAAAGUAUGAAGCUGCUGGGGAACUUGCACAUGUCAAAGAGAUCAUUAAAUGGGGCACAGAUUACUUCCUUAAGUGCUUUAAUUCAACUGCUGAUACUGUAGAUCGUCUUGCAUCACAGGUUGGAGUUGGUGAUACGUCAAAAGGGCCCAACCCAAAUGAUCAUUACUGUUGGAUGCGCCCAGAGGACAUUGAUUAUGAACGGCCCGUAUCUGAAUGCUCCAGUUGUUCGGACCUUGCUUCUGAGAUGGCUGCUGCUCUAGCAUCAGCAUCCAUUGUUUUCAAAGAUGAUAAAGCAUACUCCCAGAAACUGGUCCAUGGUGCCAGAGCACUGUUUGAUUUUGGUAGGCGGCAGCGUGGAAGAUACAGUUCUGGUGUUGAUGCUGAAAAGUUUUAUAAUUCUAGCAUGUAUUGGGACGAAUUUAUCUGGGGUGCAUCCUGGCUUUAUUAUGCCACUGGAAACUCAUCGUAUCUUCAGCUUGCUACAGCUCCUGGUCUGGCUAAGCAUGCUGGUGCUUUUUGGGGAGGCCCAGAUUACGGGGUAUUUAGCUGGGAUAGCAAGCUGCCUGGGGCACAGGUGCUUCUUAGCCGUUUGAGAUUGUUUCUAAGCCCUGGCUAUCCCUAUGAGGAAAUUCUGAGGACAUUUCACAACCAGACAAGCAUAGUCAUGUGCUCAUACCUGCCAUUCUUCACAUCUUUUAACAGAACAAGAGGAGGUUUGAUCCAAUUAAACCAUGGUAGGCCUCAGCCUCUUCAGUAUGUGGCCAAUGCCGCUUUCCUGGCUGCUCUGUUCAGUGAUUAUCUUGCAGCUGCUGAUACCCCUGGGUGGUAUUGUGGACCCAAUUUUUACUCCACAGAUGUCUUGCGUCAAUUCGCGGAAACCCAGAUUGAUUACAUCCUCGGAAAGAAUCCUAGAAAGAUGAGCUAUGUUGUGGGUUUUGGAAAUCAUUAUCCUAGACACGUUCACCAUAGAGGGGCAUCAAUCCCGAAGAACAAGAUCAAAUAUAAUUGUAAAGGAGGAUGGAAGUUGAGAGAUUCUCGGAAUCCAAAUCCAAAUACUCUGGUUGGAGCCAUGGUUGCUGGUCCAGACAAGUUUGAUGGUUUUCAUGAUGUUCGUACCAACUAUAAUUACACAGAACCUACGCUAGCAGGCAAUGCUGGUCUUGUUGCUGCCCUAGUUGCUUUAUCUGGUGAAAAAAGUGUUGGAGUUGACAAGAAUACAAUAUUCUCUGCAGUCCCGCCUAUGUUUCCAACUCCACCGCCUCCACCAGCUCCUUGGAAACCAUGACUUUAUCCUACUGACAUCAUUGCUGCCGCCUGUUCUGUGACCUGUAGAUUGUAAUUUUUGAUACUGCUGUCAAUUUUGAGUCUUGGAUAUGGUGGAGGUUAAAGCAACAUGUAGGAGAUGAGGAACAUAACGAAAACCUUGAAGACAGCUUUGGUGGUCCUGACAGAAAGGGACUAAAAGCUUGAAGAAGAAACAAACAGACAUCUCUUUUAUUGUUCCAGAAAUGUGAUUAUAUACAAUAUGUACGUAUGUAAGAUAUAUGAGAUCGACCAUGUAUUCAUUGAAACACUAGAAUUUGAAGAUGAACAGUCUGCUACCAAUUUGUUGAAAUGAACUUUCACAAUGGCUAAAGGGCCACACAUUCUGUUUUGCUAUCUUUAUAAAUCAUGUCUGUAGCCUGAGAACGAA